AUGAGUCCAUUCCGGUUGGUCUACGAAAAGGCAUGUCACCUUCCGGUGGAAGUUGAGCAUAAGGCGUAUUGGGCUGUUAACGGAUGUAAUUCGGGGUUGGAGAAUGCCAAAAUUGAAAGAAAAUUGCAAUUGGAGGAGUUAGAAUGCAUACGGUUGGAGGCAUAUGAGAAUUCAAGAAUCUACAAAGAAAAUGUGAAGGCGGUACAUGACCAAAAUAUCAAAAGAAGAGAAUUUAGGGUUGGAGAUCAAGUGCUUCUCUAUAAUUCAAGAUUGAGGUUAAUGCCGGAUAAAUUGAGGUCGAGAUGGGAUGGUCCCUAUGUGGUAGAAAAGGUUGAACCAUAUGGCGUAAUCCACUUGAGCCAUCCCUCAAGCCCUACUUUCUUCAAGGUGAAUGGCCACCGGCUCAAAUUGUACCAUGGUGUGAAGGACAAGAACAACAAAGAAUUGGAGAUCUUCCUCUUGGAGGAUCCUCCCAAGGAAGAGAAUUGA